AUGAUUGGCGAAUACCUACAACAACAGUUGCAGUCAGUGGGAACUUACACAAUCAACCAUGAUGUAUCUAGCUCUGUCCUGACUUGUCCAUUUCAACUAAUCAGUUAUGGUAGACAGCCGUUUGAAUGUGGCGAUGUUUCGGCCGACGUCACCUCCGACCCGUACUCGCAAUGCCACCCCUCCGAAGAGAAAGGAAAACAUAAUUCAAACGAAGCUUAUUAUACGUCCAACAACUCAUUGGCACAAAAUCAGUACGCUUACUAUCCGCCCACUGCAUUCGAUAAUAGGUCGAGUAAAUUAACUUCCUCCACUGAAAUAUCGAGUGGCUAUGCUGUGCUCGCUUCUUGUGAAACCACCACAUCACCCAAGGUGGCUGGAAUGGGUUAUGCCGCUAGUCAAAGUCUACAACGAAGUUUUUCCAGCCCAACUCAAGCGGAACAAGGAGGGGCUGCCAAGGAUACCAUGCUACACAAGAUACACCAGUUCGACCAAUAUGCGCAGUUCGCUCGGGCUGCUCCUUUUCGAACACUCGUCAGUCGUCUAGUAGGUAAUGGUGAGAGGCAAUAUUCACCAGCCCAAACAUCUGACGCUAAUGACUGUAUUGCAUCGCAUACGUUUGCGAACAGGGCAGAGAUAGAGAGCAAAAAAUCUGGUGAUUAUUUUGAGGAUACUCCGUCAAGUACAAACACCCCGAAGAUGUUACAAAAUUACUCCAUGUCCAGCGAAUACACACCAGAGAAUGCACACCCACUUUCGAAAGUACAAGCACUCUCAGGUCGCCAAAAGAUCAACCAAUAUGUGGAUCCCACUUACACCCCCAUGUCUACAAACAGUAUUGAAGAGUUGAGGUGUGCGUUUUCCGGCCAGACGCAAAACCAGCUGCUGAGCGAAUGGAUUUGUGAACCAACUAACAAGGCUUCGGAUGCGGUGGACUACGGUGGGGACCAUGUGUACAAAGGUUUUCCCCACUCCCGUGCGGCAGCAGGCAUCAACAUGCACGCUUCUCCUGAACAGGAGUUUAACCACCCGCAGCAAACGUCGAUGGUUUACAGUACUCCGUUCAACAACUUGCCAGUAGAUGUUCAAGUCCAGUUAUUGCAUCCGGGAACUUCUCAAGCUUUUCUCCCUUCACCGUAUACUCCAGUAAGUCACCACCAUGCUGUACAACAGCAGAGCACGAAGCCCCCGAUACCGCCAGUUAUUAAAGGUCACGGAGUGUUAGACAGCUCCUCAACAUCAUCGGCGGCUUCCAGAGGGUCUGGUUCACUAGGUGAGACGUUCAACCUGUCCACUGAUUCGCACGGAACAUCACAGUCUCUGGGAGAGGAGAUGAAUAAACAUCUGCAAGCGUACAUGUUUACCCAAGUUGGAUGCCUUGAUUCAACCCUCCCCCUCACAUCCACUAUAAUGGAGGAGAAAUCUCCCACGUUGGGCCUUUCAGAACAGCCUUCCAACGGAAUUGCUGCAGUUGAUCAUACAAUUUCAAAUGACCUCGUCAAGACCGUUGAACCCGUGGCGCCAAAACCUCGUGUUGCUUUACGCAACAAAGACCCAGGACCACGCAAAAGAAGUGGUGUGGGGUAUGCAACCAAACGGUCUAGGACACCGUCGAUGCUUGGUUCGAUGGCAGAAAAGCGUAGCAAAGUUGAUGGGCAAGACUCUAACACCAGUAGCGGGAUUCGUCUCAAAACAACCGGAGUGGGAUUGCCAAGCGCGCAGGGUUGUCGGGGAGGAGCGCAGAGACCACAAGUGUCCGACAGAAUCCCAUCCACAGACGAGCACGAUACUGACAGCUUCGCGGAUUCCGAGUCGGAUGGGGAACUUGACGAAGUCAAGGAGGAGCACGUGAUAGUCCCCGGAUCCCAUGGCCAAUGCUUACUGUGGGCUUGUAAGGCAUGCAAACGGAAGACCAUGCAGGUGGAUCGUCGCAAGGCAGCGACGAUGCGAGAACGACGGCGUCUGCGGAAGGUAAACGAAGCAUUCGAAACACUGAAGCGGCGUACUUGUGCCAAUCCAAAUCAGCGUAUGCCAAAAGUGGAGAUUUUACGCAAUGCGAUUGACUACAUCGAGAAUUUAGAGGAAAUGUUGCAACACAACGGAGUAUUGCCGCUCGGAGUAUCGCCGUUGACCUCUGCACUUUCAGCGAAUUCCAUGGCAGCCAAUAAGUCCAAAAACCGUGAUGAUCAAACUCGUGAGAACGGUACAGUCAAAACACCGUCGAGGUUGAACGACCCUCUCAAAUCUGCGCUUUCCUGUACCGGAGGUCCAAGUGCUAGAUCAAGUGGAAGGAACAGAGCGGGUAAAGGUACGGUGCCAAACCACUAUACAACCGCAGCGUCCGGUUUGAUUUCCACUGAAUCCUGCUCUCCAAAUAGAACCACCUAUGUGACUCCGAACUUGAACGGUAUUUGUGAAAAGCUUGGUCCCCAUGAUGUUGCGCCGAAAGAGAAUGCAGCUUCCGAGCCACACAAUGAUAGCUUCUACGUCAGGCCACUGGCGCCUGGAUACACAGCCGGGACACCACAAAAGCAAGAGAACAAACCAAUGGACAUCAAUCCGAUGUAUCAGCCUCCCUCCUGGAAGGCAUGCUCUUCCUACAUGAAUGUAGAGGAGAACACACAUGGAACCAAUGCAACAGGAGGUCACGAUGUCAUGCAAGCUGUUCCAUUUUCGGACCGAAUAUCACCAACGCAGGGCGGUACCCGAUAGCGCUGUAUCUGACGCCUUACUUCCGCAGCCGGAGUACUGGAUACCCGGAAUUGUCCGGCCAGCAAUAACUCACACACGCACACAAGCACACACGAACAGACACACAAGUGUACAUGAGUUAUCAAAUUU